ACCAUCAAGGAAAAUAACACAAAAUCGAUCUCCGGGUCGCGUUUUCCACCGCUACGUGAAUAAUUUUCGCGAAAGUUUAUUACUGGUUUUGCCCAGGCCUCGCUUGUGGGCCGAUACAGCGGAUUAUACUGCAAACGACAGUAUUCUUUUGGCGGAGCGGACGCGACAUUACACAAAACUAGCCACAUCAAAAUGGUCCUACUCAGCAACGAGGAGUUCCUGACACAACUAACACUGCUUUCACAGUCGGCCCGGAGCGACUCCUCCUUCACAGUGACGAUCAAGCGAUACGAUGGCCACGAUCGACCGAAGCCCCGAGAAGGCAAACCGCCGCUGCCGAAACCCGCCGAGUACCAGUGUUUGAUUAGGGCCCGAUCCCGCUCGAAAAAGCUGUCCACCGUCGUCCGGCACGACGAAGUAGCGAAAUUUAUGGAAUCUUACUCCAAGGUGCUAAAAUCCAGCAUGGACGGGUUGAAGAAAAUCAAAAAGGUGAAAAACAAGGCCAAGGCGGCACAAGGAUAAACGAUGUCGGCGAUGGCUGCGCUCCUGCUGCUAAAUAUUGUUGGGAUGCAUUUGGGCACAUCGCUUCUCUGGUCGACGGGGGAAGCCAUCCAUCGGGGUUCGGGAAAUCAGUUUCCUCCGACCUGUUGUAAGCAUGCAACUUUGUGUAAUUUUCCUUAGCAUAAGUAAAACCACUUUUUGGACUUCAUUAAAACUGCUGAAGAAUUUAUUGAAAUCG